AUGAAUUGUAGCUCAUAUCGCAACCACUCAGAGGGCCUGCGACCCUCACCACUGGGCUGCACCGAGGACCGCAAGUGGCACCUCUUCAUACUUUCAAGCAUCUUCGUUCACAUCGCUGGAAUUUCUACUGUUCUUCUUGUGCGCCUAAUUCUAUGGACCUAUCACAAGAUCCAAUUUCCAAAAUACCAUAGGCAUCGAGAUACGUGUCGGGCUCGAAAAACGAAAAAUCGCAGUCUUUCCCAUCGUUCCAGUUUUGGGGAAAUAGGCACUCAGUUGAAGGAAUGUCUGGGCGACUCUCUCUCGGGUCAGCGAAUAAGUGGCCGCACUAUUCACAUUGUCAUCUUCAUCAUGAAUGCAGCGGCGUUUAUAAUCUACUCUCUCGACGCCAACCAACUGCACUACGAGCUGUGUCGAAAGGGUCUGGAAGUGUGUGUUCCCAUUUCUGAUGAUCCCCUUCAAAAGGUGGAUCUCGUUUUCAACGUGAUAUUUCUUUGCUACUUCAUCAGUCGAUUUAUUGUCUCAGAUGAUAGAUUGUUAUUUUGGUUUGAGCUUUAUUCCCUUGUUGAUAUCUUCACCAUUCCUCCUGCUCUCCUCUCACUCUACCUCCGGCGUCAUUGGCUUGGUCUACGAUUCGCGCGGUGCCUCGGUUUUCUCAGCUUAACAGACGUACUCCAGUAUCUAAACAUAAUAAAAUCCAGCACAGCUAUUCGACUCUCCUAUCUCGUCACCUUCUUCGCUGGAUUCGUAAUAUCCGCUGCUGGUUUCAUCCACCUCGUGGAGAAUUCCGGUGACCCACCUCUCUACGCAAAUCAGCAGAAUUUCACCUACUUCGAGUGCCUCUAUCUGACAAUAGUGACAAUGACAACUGUGGGAUAUGGUGAUUUCACGUGUCAGACGACCACUGGGAGGGCCUUCAUGGUGGUAUUCAUCCUCGGAGCGCUGGCUGUGUUUGCAAAUGCUGUUCCAGAAAUUGCUGAUAUCCUUGACUCCCGGACGAAGUAUGGGGGCACAUAUGUGACCAGGCUGGGGAAACCUCAUCUCAUUCUUUGCGGACACAUCACUUUUAAUAGUGUCAAAAAUUUCCUCUCUGACUUUCUUCAUAAAGACCGCGAAGACGUAGUCACUCAAAUCGUCAUUCUCGACCAAAGAGCGCCGAAUUUAGAGAUGGAGGGCCUUUUGAAACGAUACGAAAAUCAGGUCCACUACUUUCAGGUCAGCACUGGCAUAAUUUAA